CGAAAACACCGUGUUGGCCGCUCUCACGUUCUUCUCUGGUAUGACUCGAAGUUUUUGAAGAAGUGUUGACUGUUGCGGAGCGUGACAGGCUGUAGCAACUCACGGAAAAGAAGUAUAUUUUAAACAAAAAUUAUGAUUCCAAAUAUCAAAGAAAAGAGUGAAUUUGCGUUACAAUAAACGCUAUACACGCAUUGAGCCUGCUGUUCUGCUCGCGAAGCAGGUCCGUCAUAACCUCGACGAGAUGUCCGACUAUUUUGAGGAAAUGGGCUGGACGCCGUUGGCUCACGGAGAAGCGCCAAAUCACUUGAUUCAAAUGGCACGAUUCCUGCGGGAUCUCGGUAUGUGGGACUUGCUCGGGGAAAAUGAGAAACUUCCGCCACCCGCGUCGAAAAGUGCGGUAAACAAUUUGGAGGAAAUCCAGAUCGGGUCCGGUGAGACUAAACAAUGUCCAGUUUGUUUGAAGGAUUUUGAGGCUGGCAAUAAAGCGAUAUCGAUGCCCUGUCGUCACGCAUUUCAUUCGGAGUGUAUUCUACCGUGGUUAGAAAAGACCAAUUCGUGUCCGUUGUGCCGGUACGAACUGCCAACGGACGAUGAAGACUACGAAAUAUACAGAAAAGAGAAACGGCGAGCGGUAGAAAGGGAAAAAGAUCUGGAAACUCUACACAGCUCUAUGUUUAGCUAGGAUAUCUAGUAGAAAGCUCGCUGUUAUUUCAUACUGCCUAAUAUUAAGGAUUAUCUUCGGAAACGCGAUUCUCUGCCAGCGGUUAGAAGCUCCUGGGUUACUGCUGGUCGAUAAGAAAGUGUACGCAGUGAUACAGAUACAUGAUAUGAUUUAUUGUAAUUUAUUGGUAAUAUUUUAUAUAUAAGAAAACAAUGUGUCUCUCUGUCGACUGAGAGACGCGUGAAAUAAGAUAUACAAAGGUGUAAUAAUAUUGCGAUUCUUGGUGGAGAAUUGACUGAAUAAAGAGACAUGAAUUAUUAA